AUGGGGGAUAAUUCGGGGUAUGGCCAUGAUUUACCAGAUUGGAGAACUACGCUGGAGACUGUGUAUGUGAAAUACGCGGAUGAGGAUGAUUAUGAAGAUGUUUCUGGGACGAAAAGGUAUUAUCCGCAUAUAAGACGCCCUAAGGAUGAAGAGCCUAAGAUCUCGCCGGAGGAAGAGUGUCUCCUCAUGGAGAAACAAGUAGAAGAAUCCAAGGGUUUUGACAUCGACUUCGCCAAGUUCUGCUGUCGUUUCAAUUACCUACCAGUUGAUUUCGAUGCUCACAACGCAUUCGUUUUGGAACCAGAAACCACCAGAGAGCUUUUAGACAGGCUGUCUCUAAAAUCCCUUGAGAGAUUCAAUGAAAUAAAUAGUACAAAAUAUGAAUUUGUCAAGGUUAUCAAAGCCAAUUAUCACUUAUCUGCUGGCAUGAUGUUUUACAUUACUUUUCAAGCUAAGCUGUUUUCCGAUGAUGACUCGAAAGAGUUCCAAGCUAAGGUCUGCCAUUUAAAUGAUAACCCCGAUUUUAUCUCAUGCGAACUCAAACCUGAGAAAAGAGCUCCGGAGAAAGAAGAUCCCAAGAAACCAAGAUUGACUCAUGAGCCAUUUAGUGUCUAG